ACUGGGCCGCAGGGGGCCGUGGGGGGGGGUGCCUAGCGUGCGUGGGUGUGUUAGUGGAGACAUGCGAGGGGCAGCGAGGGCGGCCGGGAGCGCGGGGACACACGAGCUGGGGUCCCCGGCGCGGCGAGGCGCCCUCCGCACAAAGCCCGGGCCGGGCCGAGGCGCGACGGCGGCGUUCCCGGCUUCUCUGGUCCGCCGGGGCCGGGGAAGGCCGCGCUCCAGGAACGGCCUCAUUUCCCCGGGCCAGCGGCGAGCGGUGACCACGGGGCCUGAGACCAGAGCUCUGCCUUCCAGAGAUGCCGCCCUUCUCCAGCGCAGGAGACACAAGCAGGAGGCAGCAGCGACAGGAAAUGAACCGGGAGCCACGUCCCAGAGCUUGGUGACGUUUGGGGAUGUGGCUGUAGAUUUCUCCCAGGAGGAGUGGGAACGGCUGACCUGUGCUCAGAGAGCCCUGUACAGAGACGUGAUGUUGGAGAACUACAGGAACCUGGUGUUGCUGGGACUUUGUUUCUCUAAGCCUGAUAUGAUCUCCUCAUUAGAACAAAGGGAAGAGCCCUGGAUGGCCAAGAGAAAGUUGACCAGAGGCUUGUACCCAGACCGGCAGGCUCCGCCGGAGGCCGCGGAGUCACCUGCAGAGGCGGGGGUGUGUGAAGCCCCGUGGUCUGAGGCAGUGCUGAUGGAGAAACUUGGCGGCUGCCAUGUGCAGUGCCCCGUGUUAAGGGAACGCUGGGAUUAUGAGGCUCUGUUCGAGAGGCAGCCGGGCUUGGUGACCAUCGUGGACAUGGCCACUGACUUCUCCCAGCAGCUAGAUCCAUCUCAGGAGAGUUUCCGUAAGAACGUGACAUGGGAGAGCCGAGAUCUGAAGGCAGCAGGACACUGUAUUUCUAUGCCAGAUGUGGUGUCUGUACUGGACCAAGGGAAGGAGCCCUGGCUGGUGAAGAGAGAGCUGACAGACGGCCUGCUUUCGGGCCACCAAUCUGUACAUGAGACCCAGGAAUUAUUUCCAAAGCAGGAUUUAUUCGCUGAAGUGGUAACAGACAGAACUUUAAGCACUAAUAUGGAGUAUUCCACUUUCAGAGAAAAUUGGGAUUCUGAAGGUGUGUUUGAAAGGAAGCUGGUAGGUCAGGAGAGACAAUACAGGGAAGAGACCAUCACUAAUAACAAAACCCUCUCUAAAGAAAGAGAGUGUGCAUAUACCAAAUCUGGAAGAUGGUUCCCUUUGGACAUUUCAGAAGAGAGAGUUCAGAAUCAUGAUUCAGUUAAGAAAAAUUUUUCCCAAAAUACAGUCAUGACAAAACAUACAGGAAUCUAUGCAGGAAAAAAACUUUUCAAAUGUAAUGAAUGUAAGAAAACUUUCACCCAGAGCUCAUCUCUUACCGUUCAUCAGAGAAUUCAUACAGGGGAGAAACCCUAUAAAUGUAAUGAGUGUGGAAAGGCCUUCAGCGAUGGCUCCUCCUUUGCCCGACAUCAAAGAUGUCACACUGGCAAGAAGCCCUAUGAAUGUGUUGAAUGUGGGAAAGCCUUCAUACAGAACACAUCCCUUAUUCGUCACUGGAGAUACUAUCACACUGGGGAGAAACCCUUUGAAUGCGUCAACUGUGGGAAAGCCUUCAGUGAUCACAUAGGACUUAACCAACACAGGAGAAUUCAUACUGGAGAGAAACCCUACAAAUGUGAUGUGUGUGACAAAUCCUUUAGGUACGGCUCAUCCCUUACUGUUCAUCAAAGGAUUCAUACUGGAGAGAAACCAUAUGAAUGUGAUGUUUGUAGAAAAGCCUUCAGCCAUCAUGCAUCUCUCACUCAACAUCAAAGAGUGCAUUCUGGAGAGAAGCCUUUUAAGUGCAAAGAAUGUGGGAAAGCAUUUAGGCAAAAUAUACACCUUGCUAGUCAUUUGAGAAUUCACACUGGAGAGAAACCCUUUGAAUGUGUGGAAUGUGGCAAAUCCUUCAGCAUCAGUUCCCAGCUAGCCACUCACCAGAGAAUUCAUACUGGAGAGAAGCCCUAUGAAUGCAAGAUUUGUAGUAAAGCCUUCACCCAAAAGGCUCACCUUGCACAGCAUCAGAAAACUCACACGGGAGAGAAACCAUAUGAGUGUAAGGAAUGUGGGAAAGCCUUCAGCCAGACCACCCACCUCAUUCAACAUCAGAGAGUUCAUACUGGAGAGAAGCCCUAUAAAUGUAUUGAGUGUGGGAAGGCCUUUGGUGAUAACUCAUCCUGUACUCAACAUCAGCGACUUCACACGGGCCAACGGCCUUAUGAAUGUAUUGAAUGUGGAAAGGCAUUCAAAACAAAGUCAUCUCUUAUUUGUCAUCGCAGAAGUCACACUGGAGAGAAGCCUUAUGAGUGUAGUGCGUGUGGCAAAGCUUUUAGCCAUCACUGUGAGAAAACUUUCAGCAAAAUCUCAACCCUUACGCUUCAUCAAAGAGUUCAUACUGGAGAGAAACCCUAUGAAUGUAUUGAGUGUGGAAAAGCCUUUAGCCAGAGCGCCCACCUUGCUCAGCAUCAGAGAAUACACACGGGAGAAAAGCCCUUUGAAUGUACUGAGUGUGGGAAGGCCUUCAGCCAGAAUGCUCAUCUUAUCCAGCAUCAGAGAGUUCACACUGGAGAGAAGCCGUAUCAGUGUCGUCAGUGCACUAAAGCCUUCAGCCAGCUUGCGCACCUUGCUCAACAUCAGAGAGUCCACACUGGAGAGAAACCCUAUGAAUGUGUUGAAUGUGGGAAGGCCUUUAGUGAUUGUUCAUCCCUGGCGCACCAUCGAAGAAUUCACACUGGAAAAAGACCCUAUGAGUGUGUGGACUGUGGGAGGGCAUUCCGGCAGAAUGCUUCUCUCAUACGACAUCGGAGAUAUUAUCACACUGGGGAGAAACCCUUUGACUGUAUCGAUUGUGGGAAGGCCUUCACAGAUCACAUAGGACUUAUUCAGCAUAAGAGGAUCCACACCGGAGAGAGACCUUAUAAGUGCCACGUGUGUGGGAAGGCCUUUAGCCACGGCUCAUCCCUGACGGUGCAUCAGAGAAUUCACACAGGAGAGAAGCCUUACGAAUGUGCGCUCUGUGGGAAAGCCUUCAGCCACCGUGGCUCUCUUACUCUGCAUCAAAGAGUUCACACCGGAGAGAAACCCUAUGAAUGCAAGGACUGUGGGAAAGCCUUUCGGCAGAGCACACACCUCGCUCAUCAUCAGAGAGUUCACACUGGGGAGAAACCUUAUGAAUGUAAGGAGUGCAGCAAAACCUUCACCCAGAAUGCACAUCUUGCUCAGCAUCAGAAAAUACACACUGGAGAGAAACCUUACGAAUGUAAGGAAUGUGGUAAGGCCUUCAGUCAAAUCGCACACCUUGUUCAACACCAGCGGGUUCAUACUGGCGAGAAGCCCUAUGAGUGCACCGAGUGUGGAAAGGCCUUUGGUGAUGGCUCCUAUCUUGUUCAACAUCAGAGACUCCACACUGGAAAAAGACCAUAUGAAUGCCUCGAAUGUGGGAAGGCGUUCAGGCAGAGGGCGUCCCUGAUUUGUCACCAAAGAUGCCAUACAGGAGAGAAACCUUAUGAAUGCAACAUAUGUGGGAAAACCUUUAGCCAUCGUAAAUCCCUUACCCUGCAUCAAAGAAUUCACACAGGAGAAAAACCCUAUGAGUGCGAGGAAUGCAGCAAAGCCUUCAGCCAGAUUGCCCAUCUUACGCUGCAUCGGAGAAUCCAUACCGGAGAAAGGCCCUAUGGAUGUGAGGCUUGUGGAAAGGCUUUCAGGCAGAGUGUACAUCUAGCUCAUCAUCAGCGAGUUCACACUGGAGAGUCAUCCUCAGUGCUUCCCUCCUCCUCACCUCCCAUACCACCAAGUCCUCUAGAUUCAAUCUCCCAAACACAGUCCUCUAGAAUCGAUCCACUUUUUCCCAGUCUGUGUCCCAUCAUCAUAGUCCAAGAUUUUUGCAAUAGCAUUACUGCCAUUUUCCCUCUUGCUGCCCUCAAGUGCAUAAUUUAAAUUGUAGCCAGCUUAAUCUCUUAAAAAUAAAAAAUUGUAUUCAUGUUACUUUUCAAUACAAAACACGUUUUGAAGAAUGUGUUAAAAAAUCCAUUUACUCCUUACCGUAUAUAAUUAGUGCCAUUAAGAUUAGGGUUGGUUGCCUUAACGGUCAUGUUCAGCCACAAGUAAAGUGAAACCAGUAGCUCAGGAUUAAGAAACCUGCAUAUUUUACAGCGGACAGAGGACUCUUCACUUUGCUGCAGGUAUGAAAGACAAACACAUUCCAAAUCGAAAGAUUCUGAUACACCAGUACCAUGGUGGCUUACUGCUCCCUCUGCAUGAAUAAACAUGAGGACACGUAGCAUUGUUGAUGAGGAACUCUCUUCACCUCGCACUUAAGUGAAAAUAGGUUAAUUAGGACAGAAGCAUUUGGUAGAAUGUACAACUAGCCAGGGACAGUAUUAAAAACAAACUCAAAUAAACUAGAAAACAACUAGAUUAAAGCCAUGAAAUAAACUGAAAAAGGUAGUUUGGCACUGUACUUUCUACAGGUAGUUUUGACCUGUAGAAAUGCACCACAGACAAUUUCUGAGAUACUUACAUUGUUCUAGAGCAUAAAAUAAGGCUUCCCAUCUUGUAUGAAACUAAAGACUGACACCAAAACAUAUACUACAUAUAAGUAGCUUAUAAAUGCACAUGUUAAAACGUAGUUAAACUUUUUCAAAAGUAGAUGUGUCUGUUUAUGGAAAGACUCAGUCUGGCCAAAGAUAUAAAUUCAUUGAUGUUCCAAUAAAAAUCCCAAUAUAUAUUUUUUAAUUUAUUUUUUAAGAUUUUAUUAAUUUAUUUUUAGAUAAGGGAAGGGAGGGAGAAAGAGAGAGAAACAUCAAUGUGUGGUUGCCUCUCGCGCACUCCCUGCUGGGGACCUGGCCUGCAGCCCAGGCAUGUGCCCUAGAGCGGGAAUUGAACCGGUAACCCUUUGGUUUUCAGUCCACUGCUCAAUCUGCUGAGUCACACCAGUCAGGGCAAAAUCCCAAUAUAUUUUUAAGCCGACAAGCCAGUUCUGACUUUCUCUAGAAUUGUGACAUAACAGGGAAUAUAGUAGUGUGUAGUUAAUGUAUUACUCAUUUAAUUGUUAAUUGAGCUCUUAGUGAUGUGCUAGGCACUGUUUUAGGUGCUGAGGAUAUAGCAGGGUGGAAAAUGUAUGGAGAAUCAAAUGGGAGAAGACAGAAAAAACUGAAAUACAUGUGACGUGAUAAGUACAUGAUACGUACCAUCAUGAGAAAUGAUCUAAAGAAGGAGCUAGGGCCCUGGCUGGUGUGGCUCAGUGGAUUCGGUGCCAGCCUGUGAACCAGGGGUCGCUGGUUUAAUUCCUAGUCAGGGCACAUCCCUGGGUUGCAGGCCAGGUCCCUAGUAGGAGGUGCUCAAGAAGCAACCACACAUUGAUGUUUUUCUUCUUCCUCCCCGCUUCCCCUCUCUAAAAAAAUAAAUCUUUAAAAAAAGAGAAUGAUCUAGGAAGUUGUGGAAGGAGUGCCUAACUCCCCCCCAGAACAUGUGGGCAUUAGAGGCAGAGGAGAAGGAAGAACAAGAGGGAACUAUUAUACACAAAGGGCGUAAUGAGAAUAGUCACAGUGGUCCCAAGGCAGAUAGUUAGGACACUUCGAGUGGUGCAGGAAGAGAGAAUUCAUGGUUUAACAAAGGUCAGGAGAGUUCUGUUCACUCUUUAGCAAUAGUGGUUUAGCCUCACUGAGAUGUAAUUCACAUACCAUACAGAUGAGCUAUUUGAAGUAUACAAUUUGGUGACUUAUGUUCAGAGUUGUGUAACUAUCACCACAGUUAAUUUCUGAAUAUUUUCAUCACCCGGAAAGAAAUCCCAUGUCCUUCAGUGGCUCCCCCCACCCCUGGAGUACUCUAACCUAGAGCGCCAGGGCUCUUGGGUACCAUCGUGACUGCUGCUGACGCAGUACAGAGGGCCAUGUGAGGGGACCGGAGCUUUGGGGCUCCCUCUUGACUUUGGCAUGGAAGCCGGAUGGGCAGGCUCAUCCAGAGUGUGUGGAGGUUUUAUAUAACUCUCCUUAUAUAUGAUAAAAAAGGAUUCUUCGUUGCAUUGGGGAAAACAGUGAUCAGAUGGCCGUGGGACACUUAGCUCUCUGGAGAGACAGCUAUAUCCCUGGCACAGUAAUGACGCUCUAGAAGAUUAAAGUUGGAUAUGUAAGAUAUUAACAUACAAGACAAACCUAGAAUAUGGUCUUUGCUUAAAACAUACCUUCUUAAGCACUGCACGUAACUUAGGAGCUGGUUUUUUUUGUGGUUCACAUCAGAGUCAAAGUUCAUAGACAAACGAGAGGCUGAAAGAAAUUGCGUGCAACUAAGAAGGGAAAAUCCUGAUCGAAUCAGUAAUACUAAUAUCUGCAACUCAGUAUUAAAACGGACAAAGCUAACAGCCGGUUCAAACAAAAUGAAAUAAAAACAGCAAAUGAAAAUUACCCAAUACCACUAGUAAUAAGAGAAAUGCAAAAUAAAAUGAUGAUGUAUCUACUUUUUCCCAAUAAAUCACAGAAGAGUGAUAAUACUCAGUUUUGGUGAAUGUGUGAAAAGACAAUGCCAUUGUCACUUAUAUAAGUUGCCAUAUGUGUACAGUGUUUGAAUCAAUAUUCCUCAGAAACCAAAGUGUGCAAAGGUAGGUAAUUAUAUAACGACCAAAAAAAUUUUAAGCGGUAAACUAUUAGGAUAAUGGGUAUUUAUUGUAUUUAUUCAAUAGAAUUAUGCAGUUGUUUAAAAAAGAAAUAUAAAUGUGUAUAGAGGCAUAGAAAGGUAACUGCGCUAUCCAAAAUGAGGAAAAAAUUUCAGAACUGUAUUCCAGUAUAAACUAAUUAAUUGUAAUAUCAAAAA